CCCGCCGCUUUUCUGGCCUUCUCCCAAGUGUUCGUGAGCGCGUCCCCGGAGCAUUGGUGCAGGAUCCCCCUAGACUUGGUAUGCGACAACAGCUGGUGGCCUUCCACCUCUACGACCUUCUUCUACGUCGGCAGCCUGUUUGGGAACGUGGUGUUUGGCUGGAUCGCGGACAAAUGGGGCAGAAGGACGGCCUUCUUCGCUAUACUGUUCCUCGAGGUCAUAUUCUCGAUCGCCACCAGCUUCAGUCCCAACUACGUCAUCUACACAGCGCUCAGGACCGUGAACGGCCUCUCUUUUCCAGCCAUCUAUCAAAUACCUUUUAUACUAGCGCUGGAAUUGAUGGGGCCGAGAUACAGAACGUUCGCCGGGAUGGUGAUUUGCAUGUUCUUCGCGUCGGCGAUGUCUCUUCUGGCCGUGCUGGGCUACUUGCUCAGGCACUGGUUCACCCUCUCCCUGGCAACCUCCGUCCCCUUCGUUCUACUCUUCAGCUACUAUUGGAUCAUUCCGGAAUCGCCGCGAUGGCUGCUCAGCAAGAACAGGAUAGACGAGGCGGAGGUGAUCGUUCAACGGAUGGCGAAGAUCAACGGGAAAACGGUGCCGAACAAUUUUCUUCGAAAGAUGGAGGUGGAGAUAUUGCGGAGGCAGGGGAUAUCCUGCAACGGGACGAAUUCGGGGGACGGGUCGGGGGAACCGGGCGAGAACGAGGACAGAUCGCCUCCACCCGCUGCCACGCCUAUGGAUCUGAUCAGAAAUCCAAACAUCAGGAAAAAGUUCUUCAUCCUGGCGUUCGACUGGGUGGCGAACGCGGUCGUCUAUAACGGGCUAUCGUACAACGCGACCAACCUCGGCGUCUCCGAUUAUCUGGCCUUCUUCAUCGGCGGACUCGUGGAAAUACCGUCGUACGUGAUCACGUGGUACGCGAUGGAUCGAUUAGGGAGGAGAUGGGUAUUGUGCCUGACCAUGCUUUUAGGCGGCCUCGCUUGCGUCUCUUGCAUGUUCGUUCCCGAAGACGCCGUAUGGGUGACGGUGUCGCUGGCUAUGAUCGGGAAAUUCGGUAUCGCCGCCUCGUUCGCCGUGUUCUACGUGUUCGUCGGGGAAUUGUUGCCGACCGUGUUGAGGUCGCAAGCGAUGGGGAUCGCCUCGUUCAUAGCUGGCAUCGGUCUCCUCGCAUUCCCGUACAUCGUCCAUCUGGCGGUCUACUCGAGAGUCCUGCCGCUGAUCAUAAUGGGCACGCUGAGCGUGGCAGGCGCCCUAACCUCCAUCUUCCUUCCGGAAACGCUCAACAUACACUUGCCUCAAACGAUCGAGGAGGGCGAGUUGUUCGGCGCCGAUUUCAAGCUCUGGUCCUGUCCAACGUUGCCAAGAAGAGAAAACUCGGACUCGGAGGAAAAAUCGGAAUCGAUGCCGCUCAGGUUCCUGGUGAACGGUCGGCCGGGAAAUCCUUCGUUGGCAGCCCCCGCGUUGCAAGAAGAGUCGACGAGCUCGGCUGCGACAACCGCAAACGAGACGGAAGCGGACAACUCUCGUCCCGUCGUUCAACGCGCGAGUAUCCCGACGGAUAGUGGAGUGGUGGAGGUCGCCACCUGUGCCGAGAAAAGAUUCGACGAUCCAUUGGCCGUGGUCGUUAUCGAGCGAGGAAGAACGCAGUGAAUCGCGGACUGUUCGCUAUUCCUGUCAAGAUUGUUCGUUGCCUCCGUGCACGGUAGAUAUAC